UAAAGACGGGAGGCGGAAAAGUCGCGAGGACAGAAGGAGCUACUCUAGAAGCGGAAAGAAGAAAGCGAAAUCGCAUAAGGAGCAUGGUGAUCGUGGAAGUGGCUAUCUGCCAAGCGAAGAGGGGACUUCUAUGAACGAGGACCAUGAUCAUAUGGAACUAGGCGAAAGGAAGAACCAUCACAGAAGCCGAAAAAAGUCUAAGAAGCAUGGCACAAAAAAGGCCCGCAGUCGCAGUUCUUCAC